AUUAAAGGUUUCAUGACUAACUUUGAAGAAAUGAAUUCAAACAUGGCGCUGAUCCUUGUUUUAAUGUGUUGUAUGAUGGUCAUUACUAGAGCUGAUUCUCCAAAACCAAAGACCUUCCGCCAUGACUAUGUAACCUAUAAAAAUGUCUGUCGGGAAAUGGACUGGAUACCAAAGUGUGAUUGUCAUAAGGAAAAUAAUCGAGGUUCUCUUGGAAAGAUUGUGGCAUUUCAUGCAAUUCUAUCUAAAAGACUGAACAACAUACCUGUUAAUACAAUCCUCAAAUUUGCGAACGUAUUGGCCAAUGAGGGAGAAGGAUACAAUCCAACAACAGGCAAAUUUACAGCACCGGAAGAUGGCGUCUACUCCUUCUCAUGGACCUAUUGUACAGACCGAGGAUCUACCCUGUAUGUUUACGGAAUUGUGGAUGGCACAGUUCGAGCAUAUAUAUCCAACAAUGGUCAAGCAAGCUCCUGGCAAAACACAUCCGGGCACCUUGUCAUAAAAUUGAAAAAAGGAAAUCAAUUCUGGCUUCAAACCGCCGUUUCAACUUCUAAAAUAAUACAUGAAAGUUUUACGUUCCUUUCAGGUUACAAGUUGUCUGGGUUUUGAUACAUAUUCUAAAAAUUAAAGU